AUGGAGGACUUUGACAUUCCACUAUUUGACUUAAAGGUCACAAGAAAAUACCUGUUUGUUGCAGGUGGUGGAGGCAAGGAAGAUUAUGGCAUUGAUAAUGGGAUAAUAGCCAUAGAUCGCAAGACAAACAAGCGUAUCUUCUUCAAGACCCAGGAUAUUAUCAAGUCUAUUUCAAUUCAAGAAAUAGGCAAAAUAUGUUUGGAUGACAUCAAAGCAAAGACAUCCUCAUGUAAGAGUAAAUGUGAGAGUCCAAGAGAAAAGCUGGAUAAGAAGCUUAUAGAACAGGCCAAGACAAAUGCAAAAGGAACGAAUGUGGAUGAUGGAUACCUGAUAGCAGCAGUAGGGACAGACUUCUUCUACAUGGUUAAAUUUAACGGUGUCUUUAUAGAAAUCACCAAAACAAAGGCAACUCUCAAGAAAGUGGUGUUGGAUACGAAUUUGUAUGCAUUGGAUAAGAAAGGAUACAUUUACGGCUUCGCAAAUGUGUUGGAGAACAGGGCAAUUGAGUUUGAUUCAGAAGGAAACGGAUCAAAGAAUUGUCAGGUUGCUGAGAUUUGUAUCAAAAAUGACGCAAUUUCAUUCAAAGACAAAAAUGGUAGGAUGCAUAAGACACUCUCAAAUGCUUCUAACUUCUUCGUAAGCGACAACAGCAUGCAUAUUGUCCAAUACGGGGACAUGAUUAGUUCAUUUACGUAUGAUGGAGAGAUGGUUGAAACUAGUGGCAAAAUCAACUACAUUCUUGAAAUUCAUGGGAAUCUCAUUUAUUAUUCCCACACUGAGAAAGGUAGCUUAUUGAGCAUAAAUGGGAUUGAAAUGAUGCUUCCUAAAAUAACAGACAUAUCAAUCAGUGGUGACUUCCUGGUUGUAUCAACUGUGUAUGGUGACAUCUACGUCUACGAGGCAGGAGAAGAGAUAAACAAGAUGAAUGUUUCAGAUGUGCCAAUUACGGGCGUAGGAAUAUCAGGUGAGGAUGUCAAAUUUACGGUGCUAAAUGGCGUAUUGGGUUCAGUCUCAAUGAAAAAGAGGAGGCAUUGGAGCAGAUUCAUCCUACUCAGCUUCAUUGUAGUGGCAAUUGGAGUAGGAUACACUAUUUACAAGAACAGGAAGUGA